AUGGCCGAGAGCUCAGAAUCGCGCCUUCGCCAGCUGAUGGUCGGCGACGAGGAGGACAUGGACAGCGAGGGCAAUCGUGGCGGCGACGCCGACACGAACGGCGACGACGAGGCGGAGGAGUUGUUGCCGAACACGGGACUCGGUAGGGCCUUGGACGGGUUGCUGACGUCGUGGACGAGCCUACUAUCGAAUACCGCUACCCACCGCACCCCGCAAGCCACUACAAUUGAUCACGUCAAGGAGGUCUCCGAGAUUAACGUCAAGAAUUUCCGCGAUGCUUGCCAAGAGGUGAAUGCCGAAUUCGCGAAAAUCUCCGUGCAAUGGUUCCAAGAGCAUCCAGAAGAAGCUGAGCAGGAGCGGAUCAAGAAUCUCGACGCGGCCAUCGCACGACAGGCUACGCUGUUCGGCCGAAUCCCUGGAGUCACGCAGCGUCGCGUCGAAGAGUACACCUCCACCGGCCAACAGCAAGACGACAGCCGAAAUUAU